ACUGUGUUGACUAAACGUGACAAUGUUCUGAAAGCUGAAGGAUCUUGCUUUAUUGUAAGUCUUGUUGUACCGUGUUGAACUGUUCCUGUUGACCGCUGUGAUCAGAAAGGAUUGGCUUUGUAUGGCCCCAACUGUUGACAUGACUUCUUUAACGAUCGGCUUAAAAACUGAAGAGGCUUCACGUGUUGUUUUGAACAGAAGUGAAAUGCAAACGAACCUGAAAAUGGCAGGCGACGAGGAGGUGGAGAAGCCUAAAGUUGCUAUACUUCCAUUUAGUGUUGAAGCAUUGAUGGCAGAUAAAAAACCUACCAGAGAAGUAUCGAGUUCCGAAGUGACCGCUAUUGCAGGAGCGUCGCACACACUCAGUCCCAGAAUGGGUGCGCUAAGUGCUCCAGAGAUGCCAGGCUCUGCCGUGAGCAUCAGCUCGACAUUCUCUGUAGCAGGACUAAUCAAAAUGCCAGAGGAUGCAAUUGUCAAAUCUGAGAGCCCCGACAGGCAAGAACACAAUUCAUGGAUACAAAGUUCAAGGUUCUCGCCUCCUCCGCCAAGACGCCUGAGUCCCCCAGUUUGUCCUCUGAGAAAGCACAAAACUAACAGAAAGCCCCGGACUCCCUUUACCACGUCUCAGCUGUUGGCCUUGGAGAGAAAAUUCCGUCAGAAACAGUACCUGUCAAUCGCGGAGCGAGCAGAAUUCUCCAACUCUCUAAAUCUGACGGAAACACAGGUUAAAAUCUGGUUCCAAAACCGGAGAGCGAAAGCAAAAAGAUUGCAAGAAGCUGAGCUAGAGAAACUGAAAAUGGCAGCCAAACCCAUGUUGCCACCAGCUUUUGGGAUAUCCUUUCCUCUUGGUGCACAUGUGCCUGCGACCUCACUUUACGGGGCACCCCAUCCCUUCCACAGACAAUCACUACCAAUGUCACCCGUUGGACUUUAUGCCGCUCAUGUCGGAUACAGCAUGUAUCACCUGGCCUGAAACGGCCCCUUCCUUCAGUGACUUUGAAAUACCUCCAAAAUCAUAUCUUCUCAAACAUUUACAUGGUAACAGUCGAGUGUCAGAUAAAAAGAUUACCAUUUCAGAAGCUUUGUUUUGAACCUGAAAUGCUUGUUCUUUUUACGGUGAGAGAAAGACGUUCUAUAACGAAAAAAAUAAGCCAUCUAGACUAGUACACAAUUGGUUACUGGUACAUUGGUUUUGAAGGGGCUAUACUUACUACCACAGUUAUUGAAAAAUCAAUUAUUUGGGCACUUUUAGUAUUUACUAUAAAUAUGUUCCAAAUAACUUUUCGAGUUAUUUGUCAGUUUGGAACUUGGUGCUACACAAAGACGAGCCACGCUUAAUAUCAAUGACAACUCAUUUCUUUAAGUGCAUAGUUCAAGAAUGAUUUUGGCAUCCAAACAAAUCCACCAGAAACAACUGGUAUAUAUAUUAAAGAAAGUAUUGUAUUUGAAGGAAUGUGGGAAGAUUUAAUUUUGAUAUGAUGAGCAAUUUAUCAGAAGUAAAAUUGUGUUCUUUGAUAAAAAAAAAAAAACAACCCAGAGAACGGAAACAAUAGCAUUUGUAUUUGACAGCACUGUCUGCUGUGUGUUUUGCAAUGUUCCCUUUGGAAGGGAUGUGUGUACAAUGUAAUAUAAUGUAUAUUUGAAAUGUUAUUAUCAUUUAUAUUAUGACUAUAUUUGUUAAAUAAAUUAAUUAACAAUAAAAACGAUGUUUAUUCA